CGACAAGUUAUACUCUCUCCGUCCAAAUCUUCAGGUAACACAGUAGUGAACUCCAUAAAAUUGAGACAGUCGAGAGAUUUUAGCAGAUUUAGUUCACCAUAAGUACAGAAGCAGUGUGUUUCUUCAUUCAGUUUGCUGAAUUAGAGCUACUUUAGAAAACAACCGCGCUCAUAUGAACGAUAGGAAAUUUGAUUGCAGAUUUCCCAAAGUGCUUCUCCUUCGCAAGGACCACGAGGUAAGUUUCGCAAGUGAUGUUUAUGUUCAAAAAUUUGGGAUAGAAUACAUUUGUCAACAAAGAAACAAAGGAUCUUUUAAAGGAGGAUGAAAUUACUGAUUUUAUCGCGUCUGUUCCAUUUUGGUAAAUCGUUGAAAUUAUAACAUCGCGACGUUAUCUUCAAUCCUAUCCUUUAAGGAUUAUCAAGGCCGAAUCCUGACUUUGUCGAUUAUUAUCAUAAAUUUUUGACAUUACUAAAUGACGUGGAAAGAACAAGCAUAAUCUAACUGUGGCGUCAUGAUAAUGAAGCGAGAACCAUUAGGCACUGACUCUCGCCUUGUCAAAUGUUCAAUUGUUUGUCGGUGCUACGGCCACACGGUUACGUAUUUCCGUCGGUCGCAUAAACUGAUCUGGUUAACCUUUGCAAUUGAAAACAUAUCCACCACGACGAUAAACAAAACAUGUAAAUUAUAAAAAGGUGACGAAGGGUCAAACCUAUUUAUAUCGAUAUUUAUGUAUAUAAUUACAACACACUGUUGAUAGCUGAAGUGACAAAUCUUUGAACAAGUUUAACUACUGAGCUCAGGAGUGAGAAGUUGCUAGGAUGUCGUGUAAACCGAAUGAAUCUCUUGUGAAGCUCAGGUCGUAAGGAGGUUCGUUUGAAUGUUAUUAAGGUAUAACUAAAGGGGACGUGUCAGGGCCAACAAAGGGAAAAUUUGGAACUCGUCCAUAAACGCGAAGUGGGUUGCAGCUGAAAACAUCUUUUUCGCCGUGGCAUGAAGUGUCUGAAGACAUUUAAAAACUUAAAGUGACCUUUUAGCAUCGAAUAGCUUUUAAGUUUCGUAAAAACCCUAACAAUUUCAGUUUUUCCCUUGUAGGUCUAUUAUCGAGAGUAGCAUCACAGAUCAGGGGGCUCAACAUCCAAGUACUCUAAUUUGGAAGGAAGCAACAACUGAACACCCAACUCUCAGUGUUAAAACUUCAGGUAUGAGCAAAGUAAACCAAAUAGAAGAUAACACGUAAACUUGAAUUAAUCGAUCACUCAACAAAACCGAUGUACUUAUUAGUGAGUCGUAGAUGAGGAACUCACUUCACUAAGGUAGCGUUUUUACGUAACACGUAAUUAAGGUCUCCAACGUAAUAAUUUACGAAACAUCCAGACGGUGAACCGCCGGGCUCGAGUGCAUUUAGCGGGUCGGGUGCGGUUACACGUCAUGUAGACCAUUAAUUUCCUUUGCUACCUUUUAGAUAUAAAGCCUUAGAGGAAGGAUGUUAUCAAUUUUUCGAUUUUCUCUGACAAGGAAGAUCAAAUAUGCAUAUAAAUCGAGAGACGACAAACUAAUCAGAAAAAAAAUGUAAACCACGCGACAACUGGUGAGAAAACAUUAAGUGAAAAAGUUACAAUAAUUAUUAUUAUUUUUUAUAUUUUUUAUAAUCAUGAUUUCUUCUGAACUGUUCUUCGUUAGUAGGGUUGACAAGAUCAUAGUUCAUUGUUUUGACGUUUUUUCUGUGAUUGACAAAGCUUUUUGUAUUCAACUAUGUCUUUGUCCCGCAAGGAAUUCACACUCAUAAAUUAAGCUUUGCCAAAACAAGACGCAGAUCUUUCUGGAGAGAAUAUCCCUUAUUUUCAUACAAAAGAAUUUGAACUUAUUAAUUCAGUGUUGGUAAUACUAUACGAUACGUUUCAACUACUCAUCUUGAAGUCCUAAAUCUCUUCCGUUUUUUACUGAGUGGUUUUAAUUAAUCUUUGGCGAACACGCGAUCCUCUAUGGUUUGAAAUCAUAGGCGAGUUAAGACUUAUCAAAAUAUCCUCAUUUAUCUUUCUAUAAAAAGCAACUGAAACGAGAUUGUUUCAUCAAAGUCUUGAAACCGUACAAUCCUUGAGGAUCCUAGUGGGAGAUUUUGAAAGCAGAGAGCACUUCUUACCUCAAGAGAAAAACACUUAUCGCUGAGUGUUAAUUAAAAGCCGGUGUUGAUUUAUUUGGGGGCGUUGGUUUUAUUAAACUAACAGAGGUACAACGGCCUUAAUCACGAUAGUUUUGUCUGUUUACAAUGGCAUCGUGUCAACGCUUCCAAAGAACUAAUGUUGUUCUCCAAUCAACUACUAAGGAGCAAUUUGGCAAUUUUUAUUGCAUUUUGAUAACACAAUUCUCUUGUUAAAAAUUAAAUAUUUUUCUUCACAAAUAAACUUCAGCGGUCAAAAGUUCAUAUGUUUCAAAACCGCCUGAGGCAGCACUUGGCUUGAGCCUUAAACUGACAGCGGGGUUUCUCAACUUUCGGCUUUAAAAGGAAGGGCAUAAUAAAAUUUUCGGAAAGAUUAAUCAGCCAAGGCGCACAAAAUAAUGAAAACAGCGGCAACAUUUCAAAUAUACAAAGUUCCUCAAUUAUCAAGAAGUGGAGCUGAGUGAGAAAUUCAAUUUAGGUUUGAUGGCGCAAAGCUAAAGGCGAAUAUGGUGGGUUAACUUACUUUAUUUAAAUCAAUUUGACUUGUAUCAGAAUCUCUUCAAUUUUACAUUCUUUUCCUUUAUCGACUUUUCUUAAUUCCUUGGUCUGCUUUAUUUCUGACCUAUUGAGACAUUGUGGAUGGAAUAAGGCGAUAGCUUUCUCAAUAAAAAUUUGAGGUUAUUCUGCGAGAUAACUUGGCUUUAGAUCAGCGGGAAGUCAGCAUGUAAGAAUGCUAAGCUUGAUUUCAAAACAGCAGUCGUCGUCGCAAUAGUGUAAAUAAAUUGUUUACGGAUGCAUAUAAAGUGCCUUCUUAAGAGGCCAUGAUUGGUUGUUGUUAGCACUUACGGAGUCGAGAAGAACUUUUCGGUUAAUUCGAUGUUGUAUUUUUGAUUUUGUUUUCAAAUUUCUCGCAUACUUUAACGACUAAAAGUUACUUGGUAAGAAGCCGAUUAAAAUAAGAGAGCUGGAAUCUAAAUGCGCUACAAAUAAGGAACAUAAUUUGCAGACUAUCGUGAUAAAGAUAACUGGCGCAUUUAACCCCUUACACCCUAACAUCAGUAUGCAUAUUCUCCAUACUGUUCUCUAUACAUUCCUUUAGGGUGCUGACAAGGAGAAUUUGUUGAGCAAUCAAGAGUUCCUUCCUAACUGUUGAUCAUUUCCUUUUAUUCUCGUGAUGACUGCUAUCAGAGGUUAAUAAGAUUACAUAACAUUCUGUCUUAAGACAAAAAAUUUCGUGGUGAGGGUGGGAAAGGAGUCAUGGUUGUUUCCACGUCACUGCAUUAAACAUAAAAAAACGUACAACCGAACAGUUCCGAGUUUCAGACAUCAAGCGGCGCGGCGUCGUUGUGUUAUGUUCUCGAUCAGGGCUGUAGUAUAUAAGGUAAAAAGCAAAAGUACUUUUACCAAUGUUAGUAAUAUCAUCGUGGAACUGCUCAAUGAUGUAAAAGUACUUUAAUUAAGAAACACGAUUGUACCAGCUUAUUAGAUUGUUGAUGGAUGAAUAAACUGAGACAGAAUAUAGAAAGCAAUUUAAGAAUGAGUGUCUCCUCUAAAAGAAUUCACAACAAGGACUGUCACAUUUUACAAUGCUCUUUAACUUUCUUUCUCAAGCCACAAAGCUGAAGUUAAUAACAGUUCAGUUAAACGUCACGUAUUUUGUUCCACAUCGUCCAAAAAAAGGAGAAAAAGCUCUAAAGCUGAUCAGUUAAAGAAAAACUUCUAAGUAAAAAUUUGCAAGUUAAAAUUACAUCACGAAUUGUAUCCUUGUUGCUGGGUAACUGGUGACUGUCCAUAAGGGUACCCACAAGGCUAUAAGGCCCCAGUACAAGCUCAGAAAGCGCUCCAAUUACCUAAGUGCAGUCAUAAACUAGGCAGCCAGGGCAGACGUAGAUGUUGAUCACAUAUCAACAACAGAUCGGGAAACUGGCAAGUUUUUAUUCUCCUUAGGUGAGUUUUUUCUGACUUAACAAGUAAACGUUUACUAAGACUUCACAGAGUAUAUUAUUUUUAGUGUCAAUCGAGAAACAGUUUUGUUAUUAAUCGAGUGAUCCGCGUAAAAAUUGCGAACACAGCGCCCUCAGUCUCCAAACUGAUGUUUUCAUUAAAAAAAGAAAAGCUUAGGGAAAUAAAUCGGAAAUUUGACUGAGCAAUAAUCAAGUUAUUUUUUCGUCGUUUUGAGUGAUCCUUAUUCAGAAAAUGAUAGAAAGAAAACUUGUUUGCCCUUCGUGUGGGUUAAUAAGUUUCCAGCAUGCAGCUGAAAACAAGUAGAUUGAAGUGCCGUGCUAUUCUUUCCUUUUUUAACCAGUGUUGCUUCAAAUUUCCUGCCCGACGGCACCCUUUUUAUCCGCAGCAUAAUUAUGAUCGAAACUUAUCACAAAAAAUUUGGACUUAACUUUUAAUUUUAGGUGUUCAGAUAAAUUGAAAUGUUCUUCUUAUUUUCCUUGUUAUUUUUAACCCACUUCAUUGCUCUCAUGCUUAAAUUAAAACUUCUUUCUACAGCAUAUCGACGCCAAUUCAUGAUCAUUCUACGAACACAGUUUAUUAUGACUGUAAAUUGACGACUUUAUUAAAUGUUCGCGACUAACAACUGGAUCAGUCUUCUUAAAUGUUUAAGUGAAAACAAUUCAAAUACAAAUUCACCACACGCUCUCUAUCGGACGUGACCUCGCAUUCAUUUCUCCUACAAAGCGCCGCAAUUUGUCAUCCUUUCAAUAAAAACGUGGUGAUCAAUUUGUACCCCUCGGAAUUUCUUAUCUGUCCAAGUGGCAAUAAUUUUGGCAGCUAUUGAUAAAAUUGAUCACUCGACGGUGUUUGUUACACUUGGCGCACGGGAUGACGCGCUCAUAAAAGAAUAUACAACCUGUCAUGAAAUUCGAGGCUUUCAGACUGAAUUACACUUGGGCAACAAAAAGGACUCUACAAAGCGCCAAUCGGAAAAGCACAAGUUUAAAAUUGAAAUUUAACCCUGUGCUUCGUAACUUAAAAGAAAUUCCCGAGUUAAAAGGAAAAUGACUCAAUGAAUGGUUAAAUGCGUCUGGAAAAAAAAAAAGGUGACACCACGGAAAAGUAUUAAAUAUCAAGUGAGGGCUCGCCAACAAUAAAUGAAACACAUUAGGAGCUGUCGUAUUUUUUUUGCCGAACAUCAUUACUUGCGUAAAGAAUAAGAAAAACAAGAUGCUCUUUGGUUAUUAUUAUUUAAUCCUGUAGACAUACCGACGCGCCUUAAAAGCCGGGAGAUGUCAUUAUUGAAUGCAAAUUUUCGCCAAAUGAGUUAUUUCCCACAUCAGCAAAAUCAGUGAUCAUUGAUAAUUUGUUUCUGAGUUUUAAUGAUAUUUUGACUCAAAUGAAACGAUCGCAAAGGAAUGAAAAAAGGAAAACAAAAACAAAAAACAAAAACAAUAAAACAAAAAAAACAAAACAAAAAAAACACUUGGGGAAAGAGUCAACGAAACAACCCACUACUCAGUUAUUACAAUUAUAUAAAUUUUUUGAUCCGCAUUAGACUCUUCAUAACUUUUAUAACUCAAACGGUGAGAUUACAAACUUGUUGACCUCACACCACGAAAAAAUUAGCCAACGAAGAAAAAAGGCCCAGAAAUAGCAAGGAGAAGCAAUCUAAUCGUAUAACAAACUUUUAUCUCUCCGGAAGUUUCCAAAAUAUGGUGCCUCGCACCAGAAGAUUCUAAAUUACCUAGGGGUAAAAAAAGUCCAAAGCGUUUAUCAAUGAGGUGAACGAAUUUCAUCGUUCAGCUCAAACCUUUCUGAGCAAAAUUUAUCACAGUUACAAUAUCUUAUUCAUAAAUGGAGCAUUUCUAACGCCCAACAAGCUCAAAAAGUGGCUGUAAAAUCCAUGAUAUACAAAAACGGGGGAAAAAACGGGUAAAAAUGAACAAAACAAUCCCUGAAGAAGUCUUUAAUUUUAACUUCAUUUGUCUGGAUUGUUCUGGCAGAUCCCCAGUCUUGUUGAAGGGUAAAACUUGACCUCAUCCCCUGAUUGACUCAUUCGAUUACUUGAUAAUCACCGGCAACCCUUUCUUCGAUAAUUACCUCGAUAACUCAUUGAAUACCUCUGCCAGUUUGUUUGGAUACGGUUGGAUGAAAAUUUUGUCGAAUUCAUCUUGCUUAUUGUCACGAGAAGGUUACCAGGGGAUGGCAAAGGGAAACAGUAAACAAAUAAUUCUCGGAGGUAAAAGCUAUGUUUCUAUGAUUUAUUUAAUGGUGCGAAACUAAGAGCCUUCGUUGUACUAAAGUUAAACUCAGGUAGGUCUCCAAUUCAUCCAUUAGAGCAAUUUCCAAAGGUAUUUUAGAGUGGUUUGAAAACCCCUCGCUAUCCACUCAACCAAUUAGAUUCGAUUGCGACUUGCUCACAGACGUUUUCCUGCGUUUAGCGCUUGGGUGGCAGGUGCAUUUAGUUCUUUCAAUUGUUAUUGGCUCAUGGACUUGAUAACGUGUGAAAUACACGUCACAUAGUUCAUUAUCAUUUCAAAGUGUGUGAUUCUCUGAUUUAUGUACUUGUGUUAUUCAUCAUGUAUUUAGUGGUUUGUUUAAAGGUGUUGGGUAUUCUUUCAUUAACUUACUCAUCUUAUCAGUUUAAUUCAUGGUCACAUACUGUAGUCAGAGAUACAUAUGAUCAUCAUCAUAAUAAAAUUAGGCGUUAGCUGAGUCUUUCUUUAAUAAGACCAAAAACUUUCUCCACUGAUAAAUUGCAACUAGGUCAUUAGACGGGACUAAUGUUGGACGAACGCUAGUUUGGGGACCAAUUAGUCUUGCUCUCAAAUUGAGCUGUGAAAAGGGAAGGCAAAGAUUUUAUUAGUUUAUUUAAUGCCAUAGAGUGCUUUCAGCCGGCUUACCUCCGGAAUAAAGAACCUCAGUUAAUUGUAGGCUGUGAAAAUCUCACACUUUAUAUCUCCGAGUUGCAUUUUGAAUAACUUCCAAAUCUCAUUAAAACUUAGUUCCUUCCAUUACUUUGUCUUUUUUCAAACCCGUUGUUUCCUGUUUUUCAUCUUAAGGUUUCCGAUUCGUACACUUAUACUACCUUAAACUUAACUUUUUUCACACAAGUUUAGGCAAAACUGUUUCCUUAUUCCUUGUUCGGUUGUUUCUUGGUCAGAGGACCUUUUUUCAUGAUCGUUUCAAAGAAAACUGCAUUUUUGUUUCGAUUACAAACACUUCGGGACUUUCUUUGAUCUAGGCAGUCUGACCAGUUAAAACCACCUGCCUAUGCAUAACCAAACAUGUUCAAUGCAGCAAAGAAAAUUCUAAUUGACUUCAUCAUCUUCAAUAUAGGUAACCUUGAGUUGUAACAGUGGUAAAAGUCGUAAGAGAGUAGUGAAGAGUUGCAAGUGAACGAUUAAAAGAUCGUUGAUAUGUUGUCAGAGAGAACCACCCCCCUUCCCCCUCGAUCCCGCCCCAACCUUAGAGACAACUUAGAUCUGUUUGGUAAAAUAUUUCUUUAUUUGAGCAAGAACAGGACCUGCUCUUCGUUUAAGGCCGGUCACGCGAACAUCUUAGCGUCAUUUCGCUACCGUUAGAGGACAAAGGCGACAAAGGCUCUUUCUCACACAGAACUAUCUCGACAAUUUUAAUACUACAUGACGCCACUACUUGACGCCACAUCAAGAAUUACCGAUGUUCAAUUCUAACUCAUCUGUCUCGGCUGUUAUCUGCUAAUCGCCGAGAAAAUCACGAUAUCUUGUUCAUUUCCUUCGACAAGAAAAGUUACGCUAAAAAAUGAGGAAACCUCAAAAUAUUUGUUUGACAAAGUUAAUUAUAAAAAAGGCAAAAGCGGAAGAAUGUAUACAAAAGGAAAGGGUAUGACAAAUAGCGAUCAAGAAAUUUGAAUGAUAUAAGCUUAUUAUUAUAAGACACAGAAACUGUGAUUAAAAGUUUCUAAGGUUCAAUUGUAAAUGCUGACCGAGCCAAAGUUUACUUGACUAACCGCAAAUCAUUCCCUGAAAUGCAAAACAAAGCAAAAGUCUUUGCAGUCUUUUCAGAGAUUUGGGGAUGGGAUAAUUUAGCAGUUUCCUAGAUCAACAGUUUCGUUCAGCAUCUGUAAUUGUUUGUUACUUUAGACAUUCCUCUGAAGGAAAGAAAAAUUUUCGCAAUCUAUGAAAUCCAAUCCGAAGGCUGAGAUAAAUUUGAUAAUUCCCUUUUAAUGAAUUUACCACAAACUCGUUCUUUUCGUGCGUUUAAUGUCUUUUUCCGGUUUAACUGAACACAUCUCAGCGCGAUUAAAGACUGAGUCAGGUUAGAGUUCAUCGUAUGUGAUCAUCAGAUAAACUGGAGAUAAUUCUAUUUGACAUUAAAUUUGUGCAGUUUCAAAGCAACAGCAAAGAUCGCAACCAUUUAUCCCAAACGAAAAUGUUGCGCUUAUCUCUUCAACUUUGCGCGUGGGCGACUAACUACUCUCCCAUGUCCAAGUCAGAACGGCAUAAUAUCGAAAUUUAGCCAAGCCUAAGAGCGUGACUCCAGUUGGUUUAUUUUAAAGCCCUUCAGUUUAUCAGAACUCGUCAGUGGCUGUUGAAGAGUUUAUUCACGAAAAUUAAGGGGCCACUCAUUUAUUAAACAAUGAGAGGGUUAUCAUCUAUUUGUAGCUUAUUUAUGUUAUAUGCUUUUGUUUAAGUUUAACAACGAAAUCGAAAAGGCUCGUAUGAUCGCUUGAUGUUGAGAAUCUCGAUCCGAAGAUCAAAGGUUUCAAUCCAAAGGCGCAAAAAUGAUUUAAUAAAGUAACCUUCACUUGUUAAACAACGUAGGGACCUCUUUGAAGUUUACUUAGGGAUUAAACAAGUUUAACGCUUUAUUGUCCUCAUCAAUUUAUUCUGAGUUUGUAGCUGCUGCUGAUUUGUUUCUUGCGCGUCACUAAGCCCAGAAAAAUGAAAUGAUUUUUGUUUUUUUUUCCUCUAUUUUUUUUUCUUUUUAGAUCAUUUUUGAUCUGAUACAUCUUAACUUUACCCGGCAACGAAAACACAAGAGCGCAUCGACUUGAGCUGCAAAAAUCGGAAGAGGUUAGCUGCAGUCCGGCACUAGGUGUGGAACAUCCUGGUGAGCUCUCUUUGACUCUGACACUAAUCAAACAUUGUGACAAGACGCCUCAUCAUCACGUACUCUAUCUCCAUAAUCAAAGACAUUGAUAUGAACAUGUCAAACAGUUAAUUUAAAAACCAAAGGAGCGCAAACCAUCAAGCGGAGUGUUUACACAGACUACAGCUAUAUUAUUUUCAUUUGAAAAGCCGUGCUUAAUCUAGCGGAAGGUCACUUUGUAGGAACAAGGUGACUUGUACACGUCGCAAACAAUUAGAGAUAACCGAUCAUCAACGCUUGGCAUUUAGGAUCACGAAAAAGAACCCUGAUAAAGUAAGAGUAAUCCAUACUACUUGAUAACAGCCUCGUCGCAAGAACCAGGGAAACGGAAAAGACAACUGGCCCUCAUUACGAAAAGGUUAAGACGCUGAAAAAUUCAAGUUCAGCUUUCUUUGGGUGUGUAAGGAAGUUUAUAGGAUCCACAAGGCCUGACGCUGUCAAAAAUGGACUACAACAACACAACACGCUCACCAAACGUAACUUACCCUGGGAUAGGCACAACUUUUCCUCCUUCUGAUAAACUCUUUCGAUUUCUCGUCGCUUCUCUGAUAAUCAUCAUCAUCACUGGUAGUGUCUGCGGAAACUUACUCGUUUGCCUAGCCAUUGGACUUAACAAACGCCUUCGAAAGACAACCAACUACUUCAUUUUCUCCUUGGCCAUCUCUGAUCUCUUGACUGCAUUGUUUUCCAUGCCUUUCGACGUGGAAGGUGACUUUACGCAACAUCAGUGGAGCAAAGGUGAGUUCAUGUGCAACUUCAGGGUGUUUAUGUACCUCAUCGCCGCGCCGACUUCAAUACUGAACUUGAUGGCGGUCAGCUUGGACAGGUUUUUUGCCAUUAGCUGGCCGCUGAAAUAUUGCACCGUGAUAAAUCCCAAAAUAGCCUUGCUGGUUAUAACUGUAAUAUGGCUGUACACCCUACUAUUCACGACCGUAGGAAUGGUUUGCUGGCCGUAUUACGAGCACAGUGUGGUGAACGGUCAAUGUUUCUUCAACAUUGACCCGUAUUACUCAGCGGUUAAUUCGGCUGUUAAUUUCAUUUUACCAACUGUGAUUAUGUGUGUGAUUUAUUUCAACAUUUACACGAUUGCUCGAAAACAUGCUAAGCGAAUCGCUAAGCAAGAGGCGAGUUUUCCAACGGUGUUGUCCUGUUCCAACGAAGACUCAGGAGCCAUAACAUCAGAGAAGAAACGCAUUUCAAAGAACAUUAAAGCGGCUAAGACUAUCGCUAUCAUUGUGUCCACUUUUCUAUUGUGCUGGAUGCCGCUGACUCUAACCUCGAUGAUCGUUGUGUUUUGCGGCAAAAAGUGUCUUGCGGGAAUCAAUCUGCAGCUGUGGAGGGUAUUCCUUGUGUUGGCAUACACGAAUUCGGCAAUGAAUCCUAUUUUGUAUUCUUUCUUCAACAAAGAGUUCCGCGAAUCGUUUCUAAAGCUAUUUAAACUACAGUUUAGAUUUCGCUAGAGCUGCUUGCCUAAGCUAUGUAAAUAUCGGUUGUAGCGAACUUAACACAACAAGUAAAUGAAAUAGUAACCAUAAGCAGACUCUUCUUAAGAAUCAAUGGUAAAAGAGCGCCUUUCAGCCGCGCCGCAUUGUCAAAUGUGCAGUUAGCCACCAAAAAAACGCUAAGUUAUGUAAGGUAAGAGGCGCUUGGUUAACAAAUUGGAGGAAACAAUAUGUACAUAAAGAAUACGGAAGAGUAAAAUAAAUAACAAAGUUAUUAAGUCUCGAGAGAAGGUCACGAUACGUGAAAGAGUGAGACAGCAUGUAUUACUUCCGGUAAAGAUUGAAGAGGAGGAUAGAGAUCUUGUUAAAAGAUCACUUUUAGUGCUGGAAAUACGCUCUGCUUGGUUAAGUUACCUUUAUCUAGGUUGACUUCAAUUGUUUUAUUUAAACGAUGCGUUAAAAUGUAAAUUAAUAAACUUCAUAAAUCCAUUCCGCGGUCUGUUUGUUAAAUAUUAUCAUAAAGGGAGUUGGGG